AUGGCAGGCAACGGCCCUCCUUCAGCGGCAGGAAUUGCCAGUCAGCUAUCCCGUGUACUUUGGAAAAUACACGAGCUCGAGGCAACUUUAGCAUCAUAUGAUGCAUCUCACGCGGAGCUGCUGGAGCAAAGAUUAGUCCAAUAUGAAGAGCUGCUAUCAGAAACGAGAGAUAUGUUGAAGCGGAGAGGAGACGCGGCCCCGGGGGAGGAGACCCAGCGGAACACCCUCGAAGGGCGGAAGGUCCCCGAGGAGCUCGUGCGGGCACUAGAUGGGGGAGUAAACCCGGACGAGUACCUGCGCGAGACCUUCAAGUUGUGCCGUCGAGAUAACCAGAUCAGCAAGGGAAAAUGCGAGGCACUUCAGCUACUGUUCGCCAACCUGCUGACCGACUCAGCUGAGGUGUUUCCGCAAGAGGCUGCCGAGUACAGACGUGGGCGUGGAGGAGAUGUUCCGCUCCAUUUACGCCUUUACCUUGCUUAG